AUGCAUAUCAAGGGCGUCUCGUUACUUGCGGCGGCCGUUGGCCCACCUUGCGUCUUUGCUGCGCCUCCCGUAGAGGCCAAACCUUACAGCAACAGUACAUGUCUAAAAACUACUGUUGCGAUCUUAGGCGCAGGUGUCGCUGGUAUCACAGCAGCUCAAGCACUAGCAAACCAGUCCAUUUCGGAUUUCCUCAUGCUCGAAUACAAUGAGCAGGUUGGUGGUCGUAUGCGACAUACCAACUUCGGUUCUGACGCUGCUGGAAACCCUUACGUGGUUGAACUCGGUGCCAAUUGGAUCUCAGGAACAGGUACACCGAAAGGACCAGAAAAUCCAGUAUGGACAUUCUCCAAGCAGGCCAACCUGUCGAGCACAUAUUCAAACCUGAGCAAUCUUGCCACCUACGACGAGACUGGUGCUGCCGACUACAUGGAUAUUCUCGACGAAUACGACGAGAAGUCCACGGCUUUCGAACAAGCUGCAGGACGGAUCUUGACAGAAAACUUGCAAGAUAAGAGCCAGCGUGCCCUCUAUUCCGAGAAUGACUGGAAAACCAACCGUAACGCCAAGCGCAAGGCGGUCGAGUGGUGGAGGUUUGAUUGGGAUGCAGCGGCAACACCUGAGGAAUCAAGCGCUGUCUUUGCUACUACAGCAUCCAACCUCACGUACUACCAGUUCAAGGAUGAGGACUACUUUAACAUCGAUCAGCGCGGUUUCAACGCAUGGCUCAAGCAUGAAGCGGCGAAGUUCUUGCAGCCAAACGAUCGCCGCCUGCUCUUUAACACGACUGUCAAGGGCAUCGAAUACUCCGACUCUGGUGUGAAGAUCAGCAAUGAGGACGGAUCUUGUGUCGAAGCCGACUACGCUAUUUGCACGUUUGCACUUGGCGUCCUACAAGAGGGUGUGGUUGAGUUCACUCCAGCGCUCCCAGAAUGGAAGGAGUCCUCGAUUGCCACCUUUGGCAUGGGUACCUACACUAAGAUCUUCAUGCAAUUCAACGAGACUUUCUGGCCCACAGACAAGGAGUUCUUCUUGUACGCUCACCCCACAACUCGCGGAUACUACCCUCAAUUUCAAUCUCUUUCGAAGGAGGGCUUCUUCCCCGGCAGCAAUAUUCUCUUCGCCACCGUAAUCGACGAACAGAGCUACCGCAUCGAAGCUCAGGACGAUGAGACAACAAAAGCAGAGGUCAUGGAAGUCUUACGCCAAAUGUUCCCUGACGUCGACAUCCCAGAACCAAUUGCGUUUAUGUACCCUCGCUGGGCUGAGAACCCGUGGACAUACGGUAGCUAUUCUAACUGGCCUGCCGGCACAACGUUGGAGCAGCACCAAAACUUGCGCGCAAACGUCGAGAGGUUGUACUUCGCUGGCGAGCACACAUCUGCUGAGUACUUUGGGUUCCUGCAUGGAGCUUGGUUUGAGGGCCAGGAAGCGGGCAAGCGCAUCGCGGGAGCACUUGGCAAGGAAUGCUUGAAUAAGGACAGCGGGUGCGGAAACUACAGGAGAUAUGAAGUGCUGAAGGGCACGACAGACAGAUCGGAGUACAACGAUUACAAUGGAAUGGGCGCUGACCCAUUCUUCGUUGCAGAAGGCGACAGUGACGAUAGCACCAUCACUCGCCGAAGUCUGAAGCGCGCACACAAGAGACGCCAUUAGCAUCGAGGCAAAGCAUGGCUUCAACGCUAAUCUGUAAUGUCAAGUACUCAGCCGUCAGCACUCUGUCGUCAGCACUCAGGAGUUCCCAAACUCCUCUGCCUUGUUAAGCUAAAGAAUCUCUCACCAUCAAGCCGGACUUCUCCUCAGCCCAAAGCCUUCUAUAGGUAGCUGCAG